AUUCACUCAUUAGUGUCAUGUGACAAGAGACACAACAGUAAAUCAAGAUGAACACUGAUGUGAAAGAAGUUUGUGGCGUGCAAAAAUUAGGGACAUUUUAAAACCCUUGUUUUAUUUAUUAGUGAUUUUUGUUUUGUGUGAAGUUUUAAAGGUCAAUUAGUACCUUUUGGUCAUCUUUUGGUUGUUUGACCCAAAAAUUUCCAACAGGUGAUUAGUACGUCGCGUUGUAACGUUCCAGAUCCAUAAACAAUUGUGAACAUUAUAAAGGAUUAAUAAUAGUAACACACAUGUAUGCUAUAGAAGAUGACAGUUCUGGAGGAUGAGCAAGUUUCCUUUCAUCAAAAGGCAUCGAGACGUCUUCUCACUGGGGACAACUUAAAUCCUUCUGAUAAGAACAAGCGAUUCUCGUUAAAGCUUAAACGUAGACAUUCCACCGAGCACGAAGUCGUCCCUACAAAGAAGCAACUCUUUGAAGACAUGUUAAACGGAUAUCGGGGUUCUAAUGACAACUACAGAAGCUCUGGUGAUGCCGUACUCGAGUGCCCUGUGGCAACCCUAUCAAAUAUGGGUAACACAUGCUUCCUUAACAGUGUCAUUUAUACUCUUCGCUUUGCACCAACAUUUUUACAUAAUCUUCACCAUCUUAUUGGCGAUUUAGCUUUGAUAGAUGCUCGUUAUUCCCACAAUAAAGCAAAAAGUUCGUCGUUAGGACGAAAUAUAACCUCUUCCUCAGGCCCUAGUUCACGCAGUACAAGCAGUAAAGAUCUCCUCUCUCUUGGUAGCAGUAACGAUGUUAUUCCCAAACUCAAAGUUCAGAUUGUGACAGAAAAGCUCCAUGAACUUUUUGUAAUGAUGCAUAACUUUGAAGUUAAAGAACUCUCAGAUACAUAUCAACCAUCUGCAUUGCUUCAGGCAAUCCGGGAAGCCAAUUACAUAUUUGAAGGUAAUCACCAACAAGAUGCACAUGAGCUUCUUGUUUAUCUUCUUGACAACAUUAGAGAAACGUGCGAUUUGUUGGCACAGCAUAUACAACACAAUCCUGAAAUUUUAUAUGAAGCAGAGUCAUCCAAUUUAUCAUCAUCCAGCAGCAAAUUCUUUAAUGUUCGCCGUUCUUGGAAAAAACCCAACAAAAAGAAGGAUAAAAAUGCAAAAGAUGUGCAAAAUGAAGAUCGUUCUGAAGAAGGCAAUGCUUAUGCUGAAGAUGCUAUUGCAGGUGAUCCAAUUGAUAUUUCAAGAAGAAAGAUAGGCUACAAUUUUGUAGCAGAAGAUUUUGAAGGAAUUACACUGAGGAGGACCAAAUGUCUGGAAUGCGAAAGCGUUACAGAAAGAAAGGAACCUUUCUAUGACAUCCCAGUACCAAUUAAUACCAACGAAAAUUUUGAUGCAAGUCCCAGUGAGAUCUACAGGAAAGCAUGUGUUACAUAUGAAAAACUGUGUGAUUCCAAUAAAUAUCUUUGCGAAAAAUGUAAACGAUACAACGAAGCAAGUCGCGAAGUUUCCUUUGAGAAACUUCCAAACAUCAUGGUUUUACAGCUUAAAAGAUUCACAACUUCUGUUGCAGGAAUCCAGAAAGUUAAUUCUUACUUGCCAACGCCACUCGAAUUAGAAUGCUUUUGCGAAAGGUGCUGCCAGAUGGAAGAUGGGCCUGCCCUGCACCGUUACAAUCUCUGCUGUGUAAUAAUGCAUCUUGGUGGAACAAUGGCAUCAGGCCAUUACAUAUCAUAUGUGAGAUUAACUGAUCACUCAGAAGAUUAUCUGGGCUGCACCAGAGAUGCGCCUAAAGGCAGCCUUUCAGCAAGCAGCAGCGAAAAAUCGCUAAACAUUCUCAAGUAUAUAAAAAACAGAACACUCAGCAGUACAAUAAUUGAUACAAAGAAUGGUUUAAUUCCAUCAAAAAGCCAGAAUUCUUUCUGCAGAAGCAUCGACUGCUGUGGUAUUAAGCUGAACAGGAACGUUUUUGAAAAUGUUAUAAAUAAUUGUACAAAGAAGGCACUGGAGAAAUGGCAAAUACAGGACGACCUGUGGUUGGAAUGUGACGAUGAAAACGUUCGCCUUAUCACCAGACGAGAAUUCGAAGACGUACUUAGUUUUAAGCCAAAUUCAACUUCCACACCCUAUUUACUGUUCUACUCGAAAGUAACCGAUAGGAUACUAGAUGAUUAAUCAAUCGAUCGCUUAGAGAAGAGAGGCUUAGGUAUUUCUUUUUAGAAGUACAAAAUUAGUGAUUCCAUGUGAUAAAUCAGAGAAGAAGUCGAGUAUGAACUUGUACUGUUACGAUCGAGACUCAUUCUAAUAGUAAUGCUUCUUGUUGUUGCUUUAUUUAACGGAAAAACGUUCGCCAACACAUAAAUACAUGCAUACAUACAUCGUGUAUAAAUCCACUUUUGUUCUAAGUUUUGUUCUGUUCUUAAGGUGGGCAGAUGACACACUUGAAAUUGUAUCAUAAUUCUUUAUUAUCUUCUACAUUAAUGAAUUGAGAAAUUAAAUUAGGUUCCCAAAUUAUGUGAAGAAUAAUAAUAAUAAUAAUUUGUUGCUCAUCACACAUUUGUUUCAAAAAGUACAUAAUAUUCCUAAAUAAAGUAUUACAAACGUA